AUGGAGAGCACAGAUAUGAAGACGCCCGGCACAGUCCAGCUCAUUGACCUCAAACAGGCCUCAGACUCGAAGCAUUCAUCCGACGUCAACGCGGCAGACAUCAUCUUGAUCCCAACGCCAACAGAUGAUCCCGAAGAUCCUUUGAACUGGAGCUUCCAUCGAAAAAUACUCUCUACAUCAUGUGUUUUCGUAUAUACGGUCAUGGUUGUCCUGCCGUCUACAACCGUGUAUUCCGUGACGAAUCCGAUUUCCAAGAGCACCUCUCUUUCGAUCGAUAACUUGAUAACAGGAUUAGGAAUCAUGUUUCUAUUCGCAGGCUGGGCAUGCAUUCCAUGGCAAGCCGUCGCCCUUCAGUACGGAAAGAGACCGGUUUACUUGGUUUCUAGUGCUGGGCUUGUUGUUGUCAUGGCACUUGCACCAAGGUGCAAAACUUGGGGCCCGUAUCUUGCAAAUAAGAUUCUCCAUGGUUUCUUGACAGCACCGGUUGAGUCACUUUGUGAGAUUUCUAUCACUGAUGUUUGGUUCGCCCACGAGCGACCUCGAUAUCUGGCCCUAUAUGGAUUUGCCCUUGCUUUUGCUGGAAAGUUCGCCCCCACAUUGGCUGGUUUCAUCAACGACGGGCAAGGUUGGGAAUGGACCUUGUAUUGGUCUGGAAUUUGGGUUGGAUUCGCGUUUCUGUACUGCCUCUUUCUGAUGGAGGAGACGACUUACGAUCGGCCAAAGAACAACUCGAGAUCGACCGUCAAUACCUCCGAUACUAACACGAUCGAUGCCGAAGCGACUGCCCCAGAGAAGAAGACUGCAGAGGUGAACGCCACGAAUCAGGAUGUUGAGAACGGGCAGGUUUAUACCAAGAAGACGUACUGGCAUAAGCUCAGUGUCUGGCCCCAAAGCCGCCCCAACCGACUCCUCCGCACCAUGUGGGCGCCGUUGAGAUUCUUCUCAUAUCCCAUCGUGGUAUAUGCAGGCCUCAUGUAUGGCGCCAAUGGCCUUGUGUGGUCCAGCAUCCUCAACUCUACGGCCGGGACUUUGUAUCCCAGGGUAUAUGGUUUCUCGACUUCUGGAAUCGCCCUUGCAUAUCUUGGAGGCGUAGUGGGUGUCAUUGUUGGUGCCUUAUAUUGUGGCAAGUUGGGUGAAGUGUUGGUGAUUCGCCUGGCUAGAAGAAAUAAUGGCAUCUCGGAGCCCGAGCAUAUCCUCUGGACGUUCAUCGCCUCUCUGACGAUGGUCCCCUUCUCCCUAAUUCUCUGGGGCCUCGGUGGAACCUACGGAAUUCACUGGUUCGGCAUGGUAUUCGCCCAGUUUACUCUGUCGAUCUCCAAUGCCAUUGCCUGUCCGAUGGCGCUGGCAUAUGCAAUUAGCUCUUAUCCGGAGUUGAGCGGUGAAUUAGUCACGACUGCGGUCAUCAUCCGUAACACAAUGAGCUUUGCGAUCAACUACGCAAUUACUCCUUGGAUCAAGGCUCAAGGAUUUAGAGACACCUUCAUCACCGCUGCCGCAAUCGGGUUCGUCUUCAAUGCUUCCAUGUUUGGAAUGAUUCGAUAUGGGAAGAAGCUUCGGGAGAUGAGCGCAGUUAGAUACUGGAAAACAGUAGAGGAAUCUGGAGGCGGUCACUAA